AACGUCAACUGUCAAAACUGUGACCUAUAAGUGGGGUUUAUCUGCGAAAAUCAAGUUGUCAGUUUGUUUGCCCUGUUUCAGGAUUUCCUUAAAUUCACUUUUCGAAAAGUAAGGAUUCGUAAGACCAUGCUGCAGUGUUACAAUAGGGGUUGUGGUCAAUUAUAUGAUCCUGUUCAAAAUACGGAAGAGUCAUGUCAACACCAUCCUGGAAUGCCAUUUUUCCACGAUGCUUACAAAGGUUGGACGUGCUGUAAUAAGAAAAGUGUUGACUUCACCGAGUUCCUAAAUAUGAAGGGGUGCUCUUUUUCGAAGCACUCAAAUGUUAAACCCGCUGAGCCUGAGAAGUUAGCUGCAACAAAUGUGGAAAAAGAAUUUGUACGAAAACCGAUACUAGUUGCAUUGGAUAGGCCCCCUUUUGAUACUGAUUUAAUUAAAAUUGAGCCGGAAGUGACUGCUGCGCUAAAAGAAGCAGUGGAUGCUUUGUUACCCAAAGCGGUGGAACCUGUUUCAAAGCUUGACGUAAUAGAAAAUGGAACAAUCUGUAAAAAUUCCGGAUGCAAGCAUUCUUACACCUCAAAGGAAGUGGAAGGUACAGAGUGCCAGUACCAUCCGGGCGCGCCUAUAUUUCACGAAGGAAUGAAAUUCUGGUCUUGCUGUAAGAGAAGAACCACUGAUUUCACAGUAUUCAUGAACCAACCUGGGUGCUCUCAAGGUAAACACAAAUGGAAGGAUGAUGCCACAACAAAAAAGACAUCAUGCCGGUUUGAUUGGCAUCAGACCCCAUCUAAUGUGAUAGUGGCGAUUUAUGCUAAACUGUACGAUUACGAGAAAAGUUCCAUUCUUAUGAACCCCAUACGCCUUAAAGUUGACUUGUUUUUCCCUGAUGAAGUCAGUGGAACAUUCAACAUCGAUUUGGAAUUACGAGGUCUUGUGGAUGUGGAUAAAAGUGCUGCGAAAAUGUAUCCGACCAAAAUCGAGAUAAUCAUGCCCAAAGCGGAGGCGUGCUCGUGGCCAGAUUUGAGUUGUGAGAGAAACCUUAGAACGGAUAAAGAAACAUUUCACAUUCGACAGGGGAAUUCUAUCUCACAUAAUGACUCUGACUCCGAAGUUGAUUUAGAUGACAUUAUGCCAUCACGGAAGUAAUUACAGCGCGUAUUGCAAAACUGCGACAAGCAUUUACUCGAAGUAUAAUCUUGCAAUAUUUCUAGCGAUUAAAUUUUUCGAAAUAAUUAAGACUUGUUUUUGCUUUUCGGUAUUAUUUAUUAUACUUGCAAAAAAACAAUAUUUCUAGAACCACUUGUUUCCUUUAUCAGUGCUACAUGUUUGCCCCUAACUGGGUUUAUUGAAAACUUAUAUACUAUUCUAAAUCUAUACUUCUAUUCUAAUUAACCCGUAUUACAUUACUAUAGUACUUUUUUUAACUUAUUUCUAUACCCUGAGAGAAGAAGAGCUUUUUAAUUACUUUUCAACUUAUUUGUAUAUCCUGAAAAAAGAAGAGUUUUUGAUUAGUUUUUUAAGAGGGAAUUACAAUUGCCUAGAUCCGAAUUCAAUGUAGAUUUAGGCAGAUUGCUCUUCCCAGUUAUUUAAAAGACUAAUCAAAAACUCUUCUUUCAGAAUAUUCAAUUGUUAAAAAGUUCUUCGUCUUUGAGGAUAUAGAAAAUGAGUUUAAAUAAGUAAUAUAGUAAAGUAAUUAGAAUAGUAGUAUAAAUUUAGAAAAGUAUGUAAGUUUUUAAUAAACGCAAUUAGAGCAUUGAUGAAGGAAACAAGUGGUUCCCGAAAUACGAAAAACAAGUUUUAAUAUUUCCAAGAAUUUUCUAUUUUCUAUACCUAUGAAUCAUCUUUGGGAAUCUACACUUCUGUGUUCCAUACUAAAUGUAGUAUAUGAUGUUUUCGAUAGUUCUGAAUAAAUAAUUAAUAUACGUC